GGAGAGAAAGCCUCUCCUGCCCACUCCGUCCACGUGAUUCUUUCAUCUCCCUCUGGAGAGGGGGAUCGUGUAGGGCGGGUCUGGAGAGCUGGGCUACAUCAUUCUGGCCUGGGCACCCCUCCCUUUCUCCGUCCACGGGGAGGCAGAAGACAGGAAAUGACUGCCAUGGAUGUGGCUCCAUGCUGGGCUCUCCCUGCCUUCUGUGGUUCCUGGCUGUCACCUUGUCCUUAGUUCCCAGAGCGCAGUCCUUGGGCCCCCAAGACCUUAAGGAAGAGAAGGAAGAUGAGACCCCACGGCCACCUUCGCACCCUGUCCCCUGUGACUACGACCAUUGCCGCCACCUGCAGGUGCCGUGCAAGGAGCUGCAGAGGGCUGGACCCACCGCCUGCCUGUGCCCUGGGCUCUCCAGCCCCGCGCAGCCUCCUGACCCUCCACGCCUGGGAGAGGUGCACGUGGUGGCCGAGGAUGGCAGCGCGGUGGUACACUGGUGCGCCCCCUUGUCCCCGGUCCACCAGUACUGGCUGCUGCUGUGGGAAGGCAACGGGGCGCCCCAGAAGGGCUCCCCCCUCAACUCGACUGUCCGAAGAGCAGAACUGAAGGGCCUGAAGCCCGGGGGUGCUUACAUCGUCUGCGUGGUGGCCGCAAAUGGGGCUGGAGAAAGCAGUGUGCCUCCGGCAGGUGGGGAGGGUCUCGAGGAGGUGGGUGGCCCUGCCUUGGGGCCCUGCAGGAGGGUGGCUGUACCUCCCAGACCCCAAACCCUGGUCCACGUGGCUAUUGGGGUGGGCACGGCGCUGGCCCUGCUGAGCUGCUCUGCUCUGGUCUGGCACUUCUGCCUGCGUGAGCGCUGGGGCUGUCCCCGCCGGGCAGCCUCCCGACCCACAGAAGGGCUCUGAAGUAGCCUGGGAGCCUCUGGGGCCCAGCGGAGUCCAGGCCUAGUUAGAGGGGAGGGGUCUGCCCGGACUCCCUGGGAGGAGGCGGUGUCCGCCGCUGCCCCGAGCAGGCUGGACAGCAGAGCAGGUGGCCAGGCGCUCGGGCCCCAGCGGAGUCUCAGUGCUCAAGCCGAGAGCUUGUUCAGGUUCCAGACUUGCCGUCCUGCUCCAGGCUGAGGUUCUGAAAGGAGCAGAAGGCGUUGGGAACUUUGUCCUUGAAGGACCAGAUAGUAAAUGAUGUUGGCUUCACAGCUCCAGAGAAUAAAAGCAAAGAUAUUACAGGGGUACUUCCUCAGCCGUGUGACCACGUAAAAAUGUAGAUUCGUAGCUCAUGGGCCUGAGGACUCAGACCCCGGCCGUAUUAGACCUGUUGGCCGUAGUUAGCUGAUAGCCACCCAUGUCACACACCCUCAAAAGGGCUCUGGCACAUUGGUGGCUUCAGUGGGAAUUUGAGAACGGUCCGCUGCCGGAUGGGGGUUUGGGGGAAGGCUACUCCCGCUCUUGCCUUUGGUUUAGAUAUUGAAGGUGGGCCACCUGAGUCAGGAUCCCCCUGUGUCUGAAGUGUGUGGAAGAGAGUGGCUGACAUGAGAGGGAAAAAGAGGGACUGAGCUGCUGUCUGGGACAUUUCCCAAAUCCGAGGGCUGUCUCCCGCACUGCCCCUCAUUUUGUUUAUUGUACAUCCAGUGUACCUGCAUUAAAGGAAAUGUUAAAGGGAGACAUUUGCAUUUUUAUGAUCCUUUUCAUGUCCCUGUCCACACACCUAUCUUUCAGAGUAGUGUAUCCUUUUCUCCCCCAGAGUGGUGUAUAUUUUCAAAUUUCUGUUUCACUGAACUGGAUGUAGAGAAGUCUGGGAUGGCUACAGAGUAUCAUCCUCGUUUUUGCUGGUCUUACAACGCUUAUUUAUAGAAAUAACAUUUAUAUGAGUUUCAAGUACCACUGAGGAAUAUAAAGGAAAGUUCCCCUUCUUCUCGGGAGGUAAUCGCCCCCUAGCAGAGUGGUGCUUUUCAAUGCAAAUGUUUUCUUUAUUCACUCAAUGGAUGAUGGGCAGUGUUCCACAAUGUUCCACAAUUUUGGAGCCUCCUUAGUCAUCUCAAAGACUGCAUAACUUUCCAUGGGACGAAGCUCCUUAACUGACAGAAGCUGUCACUCUUUAUUGGAACAUACAUUUUCAGAGUUUGUUGUGAAUGUCUUUGUGUAUCCUCACAUGUUUGUAUUUCUAUAGGGUACUGACCUGGAAGAAGAUGAAAGAACACAGUCCUAUAUAAUUAUUGAUUUAAAAAAAUAUAUAUUGGCCUUCUAGGAUAUAUUUAGGAUCCAUCUGGUAUCUAUAACGCACUUGCCACACUGUUGGGAAUACUUGGUCCCUUUUUUCUUUGCUUCCUGUAUUUCCUCAGCAUUUAUUCAUUUACAAGUAACUGAGGGCCCACUCAUUAUUGAAAACGUGCUUUGCAAGCAUUCUUACUUACUCUUCACCACAACGAUUACACAGUACCCCCUUUGAGGAAAUGAGACAAGUGAGGUUGUAAAUGGUUUGAGGCUACAAGUAAGGAGUUAGGCUAUCCGGCUGCAAAACUGAUGUUCCUCCCACUGUGGAGAGGCAACUGAGCAUAGUGGUUUAGUGAACGCACCCUGCAUGGGUUUGAAUCCUAGCUUGGUUAUGUACCAGCGUCGUGAUCUCUUUUUGUGUGUGUUCCCUGUGACUAAGAGUAGUGUAAUCAUAUAGAUUGUGAUGAUUAAAUAUGCAUU